AUGUCUUCAUUAUUUUUGCUGGCUUCAUCAUCAACCCACAAAUGUGCCAGCAGCAGCACAAGAGUACUCGCACGGGCUCAUAAGCCUCAUUCAUACUGUGUGUUCCGAGAGGGCCUUCUUUUGGGAUCAACUCGUACAUUCACUCACAGAUCGUACUCGACUCUUAACGUUUCAAUACAACAACAACAACAACAAGGCUCAUCUUUGAAUCAUCAUUCCUCAUCUAUUCUCGGUAUGAUGCACACCAAGACUCAACAAUGCUCCUUUUCCUCUCAUUUAUCAGCUCCCAAAGAUACAAAAACUAUAAAAACAACAAAAAACAAGUCCAAAACCAAGAAUACUUCUCAUACUUCCUCCAUCAAUAACAACAUCCAUACUCUGAGUCAUACUUCCAACAAUGAAAACAUCAUUGCCGAAGAAUCCACUAAAAAGAUUCCUCCAACCUAUGAAGAGGUAGUGAAAAGAAAAAACGAAAUUAUGGAUACUCUCGAUUUUUAUACCAAGAUGAAAAAAGCCAAUACUCCAGUACCAUUGCCUUCAUCAUCAAACAAGGCGCAAGGACCACUAUUUGAAGUGUAUCGAGAAGUUAAAUUUUUCUUGAAUGAAAAUGAACGUUAUCACCUCGGAGUGGUUGGAACUCUCUUAGAUAAAUUAGUAGAUACCAUUCGAGAGGUUGGAGAUGUUGAAACAGCAAGAACAUUAUUGAAUUUAUUGACCUCUCGAAUUGAUAAUUGUAAGAACAUGGAUCUCUCUCCAGAAGUUGUGGUUAAAAAACUCAAAUUGAAACCAAAAAUUACCAAAUUAUUACAAAUCAUUAUUACACAAGGCAAUGAUGUUGCUGGUGCUAUUGCCUUUUUACGUAAUUCAAAGAAUGAACAUGGUCAAACCGCUCCAUACAUUGGAACUAGUGCAUUUACUGUUGUGUUGAACGGGCUUGUUAAUGAAAUUAAAGUGUUCAAACCAACCUGUGAACACAAUUCCGUGGUCAUGAAGAGAGCAAUGGAAUUAUUUAAUUGGAUGGAUGAAAGCGAUGAAGUAUUGGUACCACCUGAUGAAUUUACAUUUACUGCUCUGAUCAGAGGAUAUGCUUUAAUUUGCGAUAUGGGAAUGGCAAUGGAACUUUAUAAUCAAAUGUCAACUGAAUAUGGAAUGAAACCACCCAUCGUAACAAAAGAAAUUAUUAUCGAAGGUUACAUCAAAGAAGGAAAUGUAGACAAAGCUUACGAAUUUUUCAAAGAAAAUUGUACUGAAGAGUAUGAUGCCUAUUAUAACUCUCUAAUUGCUGGAUUUACUCAAGAUGGAAAAUUAGAUAAGGCAUACGAAUUAGUGGAUGAAAUGAUCAGUAAGAAUGUUACCGUGUCUACAUCCACAUAUAACUCUUUUUUGUCUGGAUUAGUUCGUUCUAAAAAUUACACACAACAAGAUAUUGAUGCAAUUUUGAAGAGCAUGGAAACACGCAAGUUAAAACCCAAUUCAAAGACUUUUUCAUUAAUUAUUAAAUGCUUAAUUCAACAAGGAAGGUUGAAUGAAGCCAUCGAAUAUUACGGCCAACACCCUGAAGCAAUUGCAGGAGCAAAAGUAAUAGCAGCAAGUUUAUUGAAAACUGGAAGAUUGGAAGAAGCUGAAAAUUUAAUGGAACAAAUGAUUACUGAAUACAAGAAGCACUCUAUGGUGGACCCACACACAAUGUCAAGGACCAUUCAAUACUUGAUUAAGAUUAUGCUAUCGGUCGGAAGCGUAAAGCGAGCAGCCUUUUGGCGAAAGCAAUUGCCAAGAAUCACGAGCUGA